GUGGUGUCUCCCUUGGCAAUAACAAAAGUUUCAAGGAGUGUGAGGGGAAAAUAAACGGUCAGAAUUGAGUCCCUUAGCAUGUAAACGGCCAACAGGGACGGCGGCGUCCAAGUAGCUGCCCGGUGUUCGGUAGCAUGAUAGCCGUGUAUGGGAAUCGGCAGGAAGAGCGACCGCGUCUGCUGCAUUCCGACUUGCGCCCGCACCGAAUCCACCGAGUCGGCGAGCAGCGUCCGACAUGGGGAAGGAGGUGAACGGCGUUUCCCGGAGCCGCUUUGAGAUGUUCACAAACAGCGACGAGGCUGUCAUCAAUAAGAAGCUACCCAAGGAGCUGUUGCUGCGAAUCUUCUCCUUUCUGGACGUGGUGACGCUGUGUCGCUGUGCUCAAGUUUCACGAUCCUGGAAUGUCCUGGCGUUGGACGGCAGCAACUGGCAGCGGAUCGACCUCUUUGACUUCCAGCGGGACAUCGAGGGCCGAGUGGUGGAGAACAUCUCGAAGCGAUGCGGGGGCUUCCUGAGGAAGCUGAGCCUGCGGGGGUGCCUCGGCGUGGGUGACAGCGCCCUGAGGACGUUCUCUCAGAACUGCAGGAACAUUGAGCUGCUCAGUUUGAACGGCUGCACUAAAAUCACUGACAGCACGUGUAACAGCCUGAGCAAGUUCUGCCCAAAACUGAAGCACCUGGACCUCGCCUCGUGUACCUCAAUCACCAACCUGUCACUCAAAGCUCUCAGCGAGGGCUGCCCACUGUUGGAGCAGCUCAACAUCUCCUGGUGUGAUCAGGUCACCAAGGACGGCAUCCAGGCUCUGGUUCGGUCCUGCCCUGGACUCAAGGGCCUUUUCCUCAAAGGCUGCACACAGCUAGAAGACGAGGCACUGAAGCAUAUUGGGGCGCACUGUCCCGAGUUGGUCACGCUCAACCUGCAGACGUGCUCACAAAUCACAGACGACGGCCUCAUCACCAUCUGCCGGGGGUGCCACCGUCUUCAGUCCCUGUGCGUGUCGGGCUGCGCCAACAUCACGGACGCCAUCUUGCACGCGCUCGGACAGAACUGCCCUCGCCUCAGAAUACUAGAAGUGGCUCGCUGCUCACAGCUUACAGACGUGGGCUUCACAACAUUAGCAAGGAAUUGUCACGAGCUAGAGAAGAUGGAUUUAGAAGAAUGUGUCCAAAUCACAGACGGAACGCUUAUACAGCUGUCAAUCUACUGCCCCCGCUUGCAAGUUCUGAGUCUCUCCCACUGCGAGCUCAUCACAGACGACGGCAUCCGGCACCUGGGCAGCGGGCCCUGCGCUCACGACCGACUGGAGGUGAUCGAGCUGGACAACUGCCCCCUGAUCACGGACGCCUCGCUGGAGCACCUGAAGAGCUGCCACAGCCUGGACCGCAUCGAGCUCUACGACUGCCAGCAGAUCACUCGCGCCGGCAUCAAGAGGCUCAGGACCCACCUGCCUAACAUCAAAGUGCACGCCUACUUCGCCCCCGUGACUCCGCCCCCUUCGGUUGGGGGCAGCCGCCAGAGGUUUUGCCGCUGCUGCAUCCUGCUAUGAUGUAAAAGACGUCCGCCGCCUUCCUUCUUUCUUCCUCCCCGUGUCACCGGAGUUACACGUUUCCUACUGGACUCCCUGACCCUUGGCCCUCCCUCGCCCCGCCCCACCUCCCUUGGCCCAGUGGCGCUGUGUGUCCCCGGCCCCUUCCACCCACCACCUUUGGCGCUGCAGAGAGACCAAACAGUGCAGGGUAACACACACACACACACACACACACACACACACUCCACAUAUUCAUGUUUUGGUUAAAAGCCGUGUUACAAAGAAGGUAGUAUCCGUUGCUUCCCGAGUAUACAUACUUCAGAAUAUUGCAAUAUCAUAUGUUUUUAUUAACUGUUCCCUCUUAAAAUAACAACAGUUUUUUAAUUGUUGCUUCAGUCCAGUACAAGCAUACCAAUUAAUACGCAAUUGUCCUUUCAUAUUUCAGCCUUUUUAUUCAAAUAUUACUGUGGCUGCUGGGGGCAAUCGAGCAGGCACGUCCAGGCUGGCUAACUUCUAACUUCUUUUUGGUUUUGAAUCAUUUCUGUGUUUUGGAACGUUUGGACAUUGCCCCUGUCAGCCACUGUAAAAUAUUACGCGCACGCGCGCACGCGCACACACACACACACACACACACACACACACACACACACACACACACACACAUCCUGUUCGUUAGGUACGUUGGGUCUAUCUAUGUUGGCAUUGCUUGAAUGUAUUUGAUGAAAAAAAAAAAGCAAAAAUCAAUGCAAACCUUUGCACAAAAAAAACAAUCUCGCUGUUCGAUGCAUAUUGAAAGAAACACAGCUUACUCACAUCCUGCACUGUUAAAGCCUGGUCCUUGUGCCCCCAUCACAUCUCCCCAAAAAAGUGACAGCCAGUGAAAAGCAGCAAAAAAUGAUGUUUAAAAAAAAAACAAGCUGUCCGCCUUUUUUGCACCUAUAGACGCAACAUCCAGACUGUUUACAAAGGAGAACAUUUCAAAAGAGUUUUUACUAACACACACACACACACACACACACACACACACACAGUAAGGUUGUUACAGCCCCCCCACUCCCUUGUCUCUUGUCUCUAUGUGCUUCAUUGUUUGGCAACAGUGGGGGGAGGGGGGAUGGGGCAAAGAAAAAACUAAGUAUUUUUCUAAAAAGAAACAAGGCACACAUUCGGGGACUGAAGAAGAUGCCAAAUGCUGCAUGUCACACCUUUUGUUUUUUUGUUUUUUUUGAUGGACACAAGCGACCCCUUAGGGAUGAUGAUGAUGAUAGAACACAUGGGGGGCGGACUUAUUUUUAAAGAAGACGACGACUAGGGUUGGUGUGUGGGGGGGGGGGCAAGAAGAGCAGUUACUGUCACGGAUCAACAGGACAAAAAGCCAACAAUCAAAUUUGCUUUCGUGGACAAAGGAGCAUCGGAGUCACACUGAAAAGAAAAGGUUGCAGGAAAGUUGUGGUAAAGUUCCAAGAAUAAAUCCUGCAUUCUCGUAUUCAUUGGAUACAAAGACGACAAAAAGAUUUUUUUCAGUGCGGGUAGUUUAUCAACACAGUCACAUGUAAGCUGCUCGUAUUGAUCAAGACGUUCACGUGCCAAAACACGGACCAUUUCUUCCAUAUAUAAUUUCACAUGAUACAAUAUUGUCCUCAAACAUACAUACUUUUUCUUUCAACUUAAUUCUUUAAUAUUACAACUUUAUUUAUUGUGAAUUACAACCUUAUUAUUGUAAUAUUAUAACCGUUUUUUAAUGAAUUACAACCUUUUUAAAAUUAGUUUAAAAUUAAAUCUUUUUUCCCCAGUAAUACAAAUUUAUUUUUAUAAUAUUGCAACCUUAUUCUAUUUGUUUUGGUGUUUUUUUGUUUUUUUUUAACCCCUUUUUAUAAAAGUACAUUUUUUUGUGUGACUUUUCUCACAAUUCUCACAAAAUAAAAUAAAAAAAAUCCAAAUGUUAUAACUACAUUCUUGUAAAUUCCAUUUUUUCCUCAUAAAGUGAGACUUUCUUUUGUGCAGUAUUAUACAGUUGUGCGCUUUGAGUACCUUGAAGGUAGAAAAGCACUACACAAGUCAAUGUCCAUUUAAAUUAGAUUUUUUUAACAUUAUGACUUUAUUCUUCUUGUAACAUUUUUUAUUUUCUAACUUUUCCCCCAUAAUAUUAUACUACUUUAUUUUUAGUAAAUUAAAAAAAAUUUUUCUCUUAAUUUCAUGCAGCUUAUUAUUUCGGAAUUUACGACUUUUUCCUCUUAACAUUAUACAACUUGAUUUUUCAGAAAUUAUGGCUUUUUUUCCCCUCUUGAUAUACUAUAUGUUUUUGGAAAUUAGUAUUUUUUUUCCCCCUCAUAAUAUACUACUUUGUUUUUUGUAAAUUACAUCUUUUUUUCCCCUCAUUUUUAUAUUACUUUAUUUUGGUAAAUUACAAGUUUUUUCCUCGUAAUUUUAUGCCACUUAUUUUUUUCUUGUAAAUUAUGACUUUUUCAUCAUAUUAUACAACUUUAUAUUUCAUAAAUUAAGGCUUUUUGUCCCCUCGUAAUUUAUUUAUUUUUUUUGUAAAUUACAAUAUUUUCCAUAAUUUGACUUUUUCUUCUGACAUUAUACUUUAUAUUUUUUGUAAAUUAUGACUUCUUUUGUAUUACUUUUUUUGUAAAUUACAUUUUUCUCCUAACAUUCCAAUUUAAUUUCUCUAAUUAUUUACAUUUUACACUCAAUAUUGUUACAUUUUCCUUGUUAAAUUACAUGUUUUUUUUCUUCUUCAUAAUAUUACAACUUUCUUCUCCUAAUGUUGCAACUUUAUUUGGCCACAACACUACAACUUCAUUUGCGUGAAAAUCACAUAACUUCAAUAUUUUCUCCUUGUUUAAUUAUUAGUAACAUAAUAUUUCAACUUCAUUCUAACAAUUUUUUCUUUUCAGUGUGACCUUAAUGCUCCUUGGUAGAUUUGUUUUUCAUGGAGGGGAGGGGGACCACUCUGAUUGGCCAAGUUAAAACCAAGCGCCCCCCAAUGCUAAGGACAUGUUAAAGGGCUGCCCAGCUUUUUAUUUUUUUAUUUUUAUUGUUUGGAGGGGGGAAUUGCAGCUGCUUCGUGUUGCGUUCACUGUCUCCAAAUGGAGCUCUCCUCCCUGAGAUGUAGUGUUUUUCUACUUGUUGUAAAUACUCGGGCGAGAGUGUUGGCGCCAGUGCAAUUGUAAGUAGAUUCUUUUUUGUUUCUCUACUUAUUGAAUGAUUCCAUCGAGGACUGACUGACUGAGUUGGCUUUUCUUCUACUUUCGAAAGAUUCUCAUUUGUCAUUUCCCCAGCAACUCUCCGUGCAUUCUGCUCCCCCCAGACAAGACUGAAAAACCAAGUGUGGAAUGUUGAAGAAUUUAUGUUGGAUUUAACGGAGGGGAGGGGACCCCUGAGUGAAGAUUCUAAUCAUUUUUUGAUGCGCCAGGCGGGAUAAUUCAAGACAAGAUGAGUCCGGUGUAAUCCCGCCUGAGCCGUUUUGUUUGAGCGGGGCUUUACGGGUGGGGUUGGGGGGGGGGGGAUUAGGGAGCGGCCAAGUGUCAAAAUGGCAGCCAUGUCGAGACAGGAAGGAAGAACAGCUCGCCGGUGGCGCCUUCUUGCCCUUGCCACGUGUCGAUAACUUUAAACAGCCUUCAGGUUUUAAAGAAAGUACCCUGAACGCACCACUAAGCAAACCUCCUGCCACCUCCUUGCACUUGACACACCCACACGGACGUUUUCAGCCUCAAACGCAUCAUCACCGAGGGCAAGAGGUGACGCGGCGGGGAACAGCGUUGUUUGAGUUUUCAUUUGACGAUGACUGUAGUUCAUAUAAUUACUGUAAAUCUUUUUUCCUUUUCUUUUUUUGUACAAUUAACCGAUUAUAAAUGAAUAUGUACGUAUGAAUAAAUAUAUACCUUAUAUUAUUAAAGGCUUGUCUAGUUGUGUCACAUGGUGUGCGUCUCCUCGGAGCACCGCUAGAUGGCAACAUUGAACCUGCAAGGAUUUUCUGCUUGACAGUAGCUCAAGCACGAGGAUAUUAAAUCCAAAAGGACAUCAUAAAUGAACAUAUUCAGGAUUAUUGCGCUUUAAACUUCCUUUAGUUUGUGUAGGACUCAAUAUGUUUCAUAUGUCUCUUUUUCGUUGUUAUAGUUUUAACAUGUAUUGGCAUGAUAUGUCAAAGUUUGAGUGUUUAGCAGGUGCACCAGCCAGCAUGGAUGCAGUGAGGUCAUUAAAUAUGUAAAUUUGACCGCUGACGACAUCAAAAAUCUUCAUAUCUGCAUGAGGUCAUGUGACAUAAUGAUGUCUGUCUAUCCCCACAGUGCAAAGAGCAUCUGUGGGCCCGGUUGGCGACCGCCGCCAUGACACAGCGAUCUGCUGCCACGUCACGGGAAUCCUUUUGUGUCCCUUUUUGUUUUUGUGCCUUUCCUCUUUGCACAACUCUGAGAGCUUCAAGGAAGUGUUGUCACUUCUCUUCAAGCAGCCUGUGUCGUGUGCAAGGAUAAAAAGCUGCUGGCUCGGAGGGGGAAUUUAAAAUGUACGCCUUUUCCCCCUGCAGCGAUCCUCCUGGCUGUUUCGCUCUUUUUCUUUUAUUCAUGCAGCAGCUCACAAGGUGUUUGUUUGCUAUUAUUUUUGACAGCAAAGGCUCGCCGCUUUGGCCACAGUGCUACAUGGCCUCCUGCUUUGAAGGAUACGUUUACAUGAAAACAACCUGGGAACAUUUCUUUGAAUAGUUGUCACACACGCAGCCUGAAAACACUAUAAUGUGCAUGCCAGGCCACUAGAUGGCGCUGUCAAAGAAAACCACAAUAUUUCUCCUUUUGCGUCGUAUCCAAUAAUAGCUUAUUUGGGGAUUUUUUUUUUACAUGAAGUUGUAUGACAUCCCGAUCAGCAUUGUAGUGCAUCAAUAGUGACUUACCCUUACUUAGGAGGAAAAAAAAUUGUGAAAUUAUUUUUUGACCAAAAAUCUGCUUUUUCUCCCCCCAUUUUUGCUGGGGUUUUUUCAACUUUCUUCAAUAAUCCUUGCACAUUUUCUUUUCAUAAUAUUAAGACUUUAUACUAAUAUUGUAACUUUUUCCCCAACCUAAUUUUCCAAAAAUACAACUUUAUUUUCCUUGUU